GGUGAAGCAGUUUGAUGAUAAUUUUCUUGUGAUCAUUUCGCGCCUUUUUUCACGAUUUCUCAUUACUUGAUGGACCAUUAAGUAUUUUGAGGCCAAAUUUCAUUUGAUGAAACGGGCCAAGUUCGCGGGACCAAGUGCCAACCAGCUCAACACGUACGUGACUCUCCAAUUGCAAAAUGUCAAGUCCACCACGAUCACCGUCAAGGGGGCCAAUCCCGCUUGGGAACAAGACUUUCUAUUCGAGACCAACUGUCUGGACACGGGUCUACUCAUCGAAGUCUGGAACAAAGGGCUCAUUUGGGACAAAGCCAUGGGACACUACUGGCUUCCACUUCACCAAGUCCCCUACUCAAACGAACAGGAAGGAACCGGUCAGUGGAUGUCGCUGGAUGCAGAGCAGAUCAUGGAAAACGGAGUGGUGGUCGGGACCCGAAAUCCCACUGGCGAUUACCUUCUCAUCGACUGCCGCUUCGAAUUGCCUUACGACUCUGAAGACGUGGACCCCGGCGGGAUGCAGCGUAAGUUGGAGGCAUACAACCACGUGCUGGACCAAGAGAUGUCGUCGAUGCGAGACGGCGGAAGGCGGCGCCAGCAACAAUUCCUCAUUCACUCUGGUCUGUCGGAGGACAGCGAUUACACAAGCGAGGUCAACUACCCGCUGGUCCAGCAUCACGAGGCCAACGGGUCGGCCUCGCAGUACCUGAGCGUUGCUCAUCAAUACCCAUCGCCGCAGAGAUCGUCCGAAAUCAGUCGGGAAAAUUCGUACGAAACAAACGAUACCAGUACGGAUCAGCGGCAUUGGGCUUACGAUUAUGGCGGCGGUUAUCCAGCC